AUGGCUCUAGAAACUUUGAAAAUUAUAAACAACAUAGCUCCUGUGUGCUUACAAAAUUUGGUAAAUGUCCAAAAAUCUAGAUAUUCUUUCAGAAAUACUGGAUUUUAUGAAAACAGCGGCUUUCAAAAUGUACAAAUUAGAGAUGAAUACGAAGAGGUUGUUAGUAAAUCGGAUACACAAGAGAAACAAACUAGUAAAACCUACGAAGCACUUCGAACAAAGGAGACUGUUGACGUUUAUGAUGAUUUGGAGAAUAGCAAAGGCCUUCCAUCGUCUAAAUCAACCAGUAAAACCUAUGAAUCACUUGGAACGAAAGACGCUGUUGAGACGUAUGAUGAUUUAGAUCAUCAUAAAGGCCUGCCAUCGUCUAAACCUUCAGUGAAGCAUUAUGAAGCAUUGGGUACGCAAGAUAAACCAAGUGUGUAUGAAGAAUUAGAAAAUCAGAAAGGACAAGAAGAAAAAGUGUAUGUCAAUGAAGCAUUCUGAGUUAAAUUCUAGUACAAGAUUUUGUGAUAAAAACUGUGCAAUUCAAUGAGAAAAAGAGAUAUUUGUUUGGUGCUUAUUGUUCGGUGAUGUAGACUGCUGAACUGUGCGAUUUCUGUGUCAUGCAUACUUAUUAUCUGAUGCUUUAUAUUAUUAAUGCUUUAUAUUAUUUACAAUUUUGAUUAGUGUGUUAACUCGAAAUGGAAACAGUGAAAUAUUAACUCUUUAGACUGUCAUUCAAUUACCACUUACUUUUUGAAAGACAUAUAUCUAGUCAUAUUCAUAUACAUAAAUGUAGCAUUUGUAAAUAUAUCAAUAAAACAUAACAUUCACCUUU